CAGUUUGUGGUUGAGGCAGUUUUUGUGGUGUAAUUGGAAACCAAUAAAUGAAUGUUCAUUUAUUCUUCCUCUAUGCCUUGGGUCCUGCCUUCCAGCCAUGGCAAAAACAUCACUGUAGAUUUCAGUAAGACCAACAUCCAGCAGGCCCUAAUAUCUCAAAAAGACUGUCAGUGUACUGUACAAGUACCAACCUCCACAAACACCAACCCCCUCACCCAAACAGAACUCCCUCAAUUUGCAGUAGUGGUCUGUGGUGUUAUGUGGUUGGUGCGUGUGUUAGUGUUAGGUUGUGUGUUGACUGUUGGGGUAUACUCUAACCUAAACUCUGGUUCGCCCCCCCACACACACCCUCCCCCUGGCUCUCCAGUACAGCGGAGAGGUCUGAACAGGUCACCUAACCAGAAGGAACAUUCAGCCAGCCACUGCAUUGCCCAGGCGACAGGCUACCUAACACAGCUCGGAUUAAACCUGGUGAAUAACAGCCGAUCACGCAGCGUCAUCAGUAGACUGCCACAUACAGCCAGGAUCACUGCUGGAAACGAGACGUGGAUUGGCACUGGUGUUCCGUCUGGACGAAGCGGUCAAGAUGAACAAUACCACUGCGACUGAAGAGGAGCCGGCGUAUAAUUACUAUGACUACUCAGACUGGUACUCGGACAACAUGGAGCCCACCCUCCCUCCGAAAGAAGUUAUUCCCCUGUGCUACCCCACAGCCGAGGACCAGCUCUUUCACAUCUGUAUCGCUUCAAUAUCUUUCGUUGUUGUGCUGGUUCUAUCAGCCGUUAGAAAGAAAAACACCGUGUGUGACGGCUUCGCCAGGGGAUCGCCUGGAGUGUCUAGUCCAGUGAACUUCCUGAACCAGACCCAACACAAGGGCUUGGCGGUGACUGUGUUUGGGCUGGUCUUCAGCAAGCUGUGUGUGUUGGUCCUGGCUCCUGACCCGCUACCCUUCUCUAAAGACACCCCCCAGGAAAUCAAAGAGUACAUGAAGAUCAUCGCCAUCUUUUACUGGCCAAUGCUGUACUACCCACUUCUGGCCUGUGGUACCAUACACAGUAAACUGGGCUAUGUGCUGGGCAGUCUGCUUUCCUGGACACACUUUGCGGUUCUGGUUUGGCAGAAGUUUGACUGUCCCAAAACACCUGAGUUGUAUAAGUACUACGCCCUGCUGGCUAGUCUCCCACAGAUAGCCUGUCUGGGGUUCCUCUGUGUCAAGUAUCCACUACUGUUCCUCAAAAGUGGGAAGGCCGGUGGAUCUGAGGACCUUGACAGCAACUACUACAGAGACUACGUGAAAUUGUUGCUAAAGAAGAAAAAGUCAACAAAUGGCAGCACCUCUAUUAGGCCAGAUAAACCCAACCUGUUGGAGAUGGUGACCGACACCAUCCAGUCUUACAUCUACACCCCGGAGAAAGUGUUCCGGUUUCCACUAAAGUUGGCAAUUUCAGCAUUCGUGUCCUGCAUAGCAGUGUAUCAGGUGGCGCUGUUGCUGAUAAUACUGGUGAUCCCAACGAUCCAUAUAGUUCGUGCUGGUAUAGAUGAGAACAUCGCGUAUCUUCUGUUGGGGUUUGGUAUUGUUCUAUCUGAGGACAGGAUGGAGGUGGUCCAAAUAGUCACACACUACACCUGGUGUCUGGAAGUGUGCUACCUCUGUGGUUUGACUCUGGCCUGCCUGGUGUCCCUCAUAAUGCAAAUGAGGUCCAUGAUCCUUCACAGGUCAAACCUUCAAGGCCUGUACAGAGGAGAUAUUUACAACGUGUAUAACUGCCCCAAGGCCAUUCGUCCAUCUCAGCCGGGCCUGGUCUGUUGGAUCGGUUUCACUGGGUAUCAGGCUGCUGUUGUGUCUUUAGGGAUGGUCCUGCAGACUGUGGUGUUCUUCAUCUGCUUUGUGUGGUUGGUGUUCCUCAUCAUAAUACCCAUCUUAUAUGGCCACAACCUAAUUCUCUUCCAGAUGGCUGCCAAGUCCUGGCCUGUGUGGGUCACCUUAAUACUGGCUACUGCUCUACAACACGCCACGGCCAGGUUUGCCUUCAUCAAGAAGGACGCUGGGACGAGGGACUUGAACCACAGAGGCAGUCUGUUCCUGCUGACCUACCUGCUGUUCCUGGUCAACAUCGUGGUGGGGUUGAUAGCAGCCAUCUGGAGGACGGUCAUCACAGCCCUGUACAACAUCAUUCACCUGGGGCGCAUGGACGUCAGCCUGCUCAGCCGCGCCAGCGAAACCUACGACCCGGCUUAUCGUUACUAUGCUCACUACCUGAAGGUGGAGGUCAGCCAGUCUCACCCCGUGAUGAAGGCCUUCUGUGGGCUGGCCCUGCAAGCUGCCGUGGCGGGUGGCGCUGGGAGGAAGAUGAAGGAUGCGGAGGAAGGGAUCCAGCUGGUGAAUCAGGAGAAGAGGCAGAACAAGGCUGUGAAUAACAGCAGGAGGGUCCGAGCCCGCUGGCAGCUCCUCUACACGCUGGUCAACAACGCGUCCCUGCUGGGGUCCAGGAAACAUUUCAAGUUGCAGUCCUCUGACAGCUUCGUGAACGGAGUGAAGCGUAGCGCCGCGGAGGGUAGCAAGAAGGACGCCGGCAGCCAACCCGCAGCCGAGGGCGGUCCCGCAGCCGAGACAUGCUCCGCCACGCCCGCUGCCGCCGCCACGCCCACUUCCACCACGCCCACUUCCACCAAGCUCACUGCCGCCACGCCCACUGCCGCCACGUCCACUGCCACCGACUGAGACGCUGCCGUGCGGUCUUCACUGAUGCUGUAGUAUUCAUGAGUUUCCUGAUGCUAGAGGGGUACCGGCCCAGUAGGUUUAGGGGUACCGGCCCAGUAGGUUUAGGGGUACCGGCCCAGUAGGUUUAGGGGUACCGGCCCAGUAGGUUUCCAAGUGCUUCAGUCUUUGGGGGUAGAAGUUGAGUUCAGUGGCCUGCGUUCAGGUGCCUCGGUUUGUUGGGCUCCACAUGAAGUGGAUCUUUGUGUGUGCUGCUUUCGGUGGUGUACUCUGUUGUGUCUGUGACGUAAAUGUUAACAUCUGCUUCUUUUGUUUUGGUAAAAUGCGUGGUGUCGUACCGGCACACAAUGGCAUGUUCGGUGAGGAGGUUUUAGUGUCCACUGUCCACCCCUUAUUUGAUGUCUUGCCUUUUAUCAGUUGUUUUUGUAAAUGAUUAGGGAUUGAAGUGAAAAUAAAAAGACAUUUUGAGAUAA